GUCGAUUCAGUUGGAGGUGCCGCCGGUCUGUUUCCAUCAGGUUUGUGUUAAUGGAGAUAUGGUUUCAAACUGAGUGAAUUGUGUCAACAACACACAUUUAAGGGGAAGCUGGAUAACAUCUGAGGGAAAAAGGUUAGAGCCUCCGAUUGAAGUACAGAGAAGUUAAAACUGUCUGCAAAUACACCCACCAGCUGAUCUGUGCAGGAUCUAAGGACACAGCCGGGGACUCCAUCCAGGCCAGAGGCUUUCUGUGCAUGCACUCUCCAGAAGGCUGAUCUGACAUCUGCAAGGGGACUGCAGCUGUCAUGUCACUUGUGGUGGUACAACUUGGCCAGUGCGGGAACCAGGUUGGGCAGCAACUGUUUGAAGUGGUGAGCACAGAUGGCCACAGUGGCUGGAGCGAGAGCAAGUAUUACUGGAGCAUUUCACAGGAGCGAUUCUUCAGCAGCGGCACUGACGGAGUACCAGUAGCUCGGGCUGUUCUUGUUGACAUGGAGCCAAAGGUCAUCAGCCACACUGUGUCCAAAGCUGCAAACUCAGGGUGCUGGAGAUAUGGAGCUCAAUCAGCUUUCUGUCAGAAACAAGGAUCCGGAAAUAAUUGGGCAAAUGGGUUUUGCGUUCAUGGUCCCCAACACGAAGAAGCUGUGAUGGACCUGGUCCAACAGGAGGCUGAGAAAUGUGAGCGGCUCAGUGGCUUCUUGACAAUGAUGAGUCUGGCUGGAGGGACUGGGUCCGGGUUGGGUACAUUUGUCACUCAGUGCUUGCGGGAUAGGUACCCACACUCGUUGAUACUGAAUCAACUCACAUGGCCUUAUGGAACUGGAGAGGUAAUUGUCCAGAAUUACAAUACAGUGCUGACGCUGUCUCACUUGUAUCAGUCGUCGGAUGCACUACUCAUUCAUGAGAAUGACAUCAUUCACAGGAUUUGUUCACAGCUGGUGAAUAUAAAACAGAUCUCCUUCACAGACAUCAACAAAGUAAUUGCUCACCAACUUGCAAGUGUCUUGCAACCAGCAUGCACCGGAUGGCAUGCGACAGAAUAUGGCUCAAAUCCUCUUGGUGAUCUUCUAGGAAGUUUGGUAACACAUCCAGAGUAUAAAUUACUAGGCCUGAUGAACAUCCCACAGAUGUCUGACACUUCUUUGCAGUUCAGUACCUUUAGUUGGCCAGGGCUUCUGAAGCAUCUGCGGCAAAUGCUGAUGGCCAACUCAAAGAUGGAAGCAGGUAUUGACUGGCAAGUGAAACUUCCCCUAACAGGACUCCUGUCAGCUGCAAAAGUUCCACAAAAUAAGGAGAUGCACUUCAAUACAUCUCUGGCCAACCUGCUGAUAUUGCGAGGGAAGGAUGUUCAGGAAGCUGACGCCAGGUGUUUUAAGGAACAGGCACUGUACACCCCCUGGAUGCCUGUGGAUUCUGCCUUCAACAUAUGGAGAACCUCCACACCCUUCAACAAAUAUGAGAAAUCAGCCACUAUUGUCAGCAACAGCCAGUGCCUCCUGAAACCUCUGGACUGUGCUAUGAGAAAAGCUUGGGAUAUGUUUGCCUCCAGGGCUUAUGUGCAUCAGUACGUGAAACAUGGAAUCUCAGAAGAGGAAUUUCUAGACAGUUUUACAACCAUGGAGCAGGUCAUUGCUAGUUAUUCUAACCUUGGAUUAUAUAGAUGAUGGAGACAUGAGAUGGGUACAACUACUGCUCUGAGUGAUUAAGCAGCAUAUCGCAAGUUUGACUCAAAUGUUACUCAGUUCAGGUAUUAACAAUUAAAAUCCUU